AUGAACAAAGAAAAGUUGCAGAAAAACUUGGCCAACGUAGGAACCAACAUCCAGUAUGCGGGUUCCUCGUUAGGCUCUUCACUCAAGCACAAAUUAACCGGCCACAAGGAACAUGACGCUGAAAGCGAAAUGAUUGACCAAUGUGACCACGAUCUCAAGCAAUUGAUCAAAGGAUUGCAGUAUUUGAAGAAACAGGUUCUGCGGUUGGCUGCAAAGCACUGGCCCGACCUCUUCAAAAUGUCGCUCAAAACGGCGAAGGUGCUAAUAGUUCUUCUUGGCGAAAAGUCGUUGACCUUCAAGGGCAUUGACGAGUUCUACGACCGCUUUGACGCCUUGCAGUCCAGCGCCGAGUCCUUCGUGGUGCACCCCAAGGAGAAGCAGUUCUUCGUGCCCAGCCUUCAGCAGGAACUAUUCAAUUACCUAGCCACCAUGGCACAACUUCUGGAGAGGUUUGUCACUCUCGGCGAAACACACGCUAAGAAAGUGGGUGCCAAGGUGGAUCCUAUUGUAAGACAUAUCAAACAUGUUCGCCACGCUAUUGCGGCUCGAAACAAGCAAAGAGCUAAAUGCGAUAAGUUGCAAUGGAAAACUGACAAGUUGGCGAAAAAAAGUCUGCUUUCAGACAAAGAACUGCGGGAGUUUGAGGAGCUUGAACGGCGCUUGGACUUUGAGACUGGCAUUUAUUCCAAUAUCCACUCGCGGCUCAAAACCGUGAUUCCAGAAUUUCUUGCAUUGGCUGACGAGUUUGUUGAAAAGUUGACUGCAUGGUUCAUCUGUCACCAAUACCAGCUCUACAAAGAAAUGAAUAGUGCCUUGGAGUACUACGCCACAUUCUAUGGGCUUUUGGCGAAAAGUGCUGAUGAGGACGACCCCUCUGGUUUGUUGGCACAGUCGUACAACAAAAUCAUCGAGGAUUGGGAAUCUCAGGCUACUCCAGUACGGCUACAAACAGAGUCAUUCUUAUCUGUUAUCUACAAUAAGAAUCCAGAGCUUUUAAAUGAGGAAAUCACUGAUAAGGAUAAGAGACUGACGAUCAACAAAGCAUGGACCCAAGUGAAGGAGAAAGCCACUACAAAACUGCACAAGGUGAAAGCGGCAGACCGUGGUACAGGUAUAUUCAAUGAAUAUUCCGAGGCUGAUCCAUUGGUGUCAUUCGCUAAGUAUAAUGAUCCCCAACAAAACAAGUCUGAGACCUAUCAUCCAAGCCGCGUAUUGACGCAAGAAGAAUUGUAUGCUACACCUUCGGAAACGCAGACUCCACCACCGCUUCCGCCACGGGACGAGAACCAUCGUAUCAAUAUGGCCCUGCCAAUGUUAUUCCUGACCCCACUCACUACGCUAUCUAGUGUGGAUCUUACAUUGGAUUCGUCCGAUAGUCUCAGCUCGCUUGAACUGAUGUCCUUGCAUUCCGAUUCAGACACGGAAAGCGACACUUUUUCGACUGAGCCCACAACAGAGGUGAAGACAGCAGCGGAAAGAGGAAGCGCCGUGUCAGAACGAAUCAUUGCGGAAAUGUACAACGCAAAGAAAAACGACAUCACACGAGCUCCAGAAACGCAUCCUGAUUGGCCUGUUUCUAAAGCCACGACGAUUGAUGAGAAAAGCUCUGUGUCGUACAAAUUAAUACAGUUGACAGCUUUCUUUGACAGAGCUAUGCGGCUGGCCGAAUCACAGACAGACAAACGAUCUGUGGUGGCCACGAAGGACUACGAAGGUGUGAACCCAGGAGAUCUUUCAUUCAAACAGGGAGAUAAGGUGGAGGUUGUUUUUGAUUUGCAGUCUUUAGGAGUAGCAUACAACCCUGAGGGAGCAAACUGGUUUGUGGGAUCUGUGGGUCUGAGAGUGGGAUUUGCACCCAACACGCAUUUUCUCUGGGAUUGA